AGACAGGCUGCUUUCUGAUCUGCACGCAAAACAUCGUGCCAUGAAGUUCAGAACUUUCUUUGAGAAGUCUGUAGUCUCUUCACGUCACUCUUACUUGGAGAAGCUUAUUUACGAGUCACAAUUGAAGAUGGGAGGAUUAGGUUAAAACAUUUGAAAUUCGAAGUGAACUUAAUGCUAUGUUAUUGUACACCAAGUAUUCAUAAUCUGGCACUUUAUGAUUCAAUCAAGUCGGCAAUAAUAUAUUUUGACCGUAUUUCUGCACCUGUCAUGGUGGUGAUGCAAAAUGCAGCUAAAAAAAAACACGUUUUCUGUAUUUUUUAAAAUUUUAUUUUUCACUUUGCAAAUCUGAAAUUCUUGAAGCCCAAGAUACCACACAAACGUUUACUUUAUUUAUGCUCUGAACCAACCUUUGAGUUCAAUGUUAGGUCUGCAUCUGACAUGGCUGUCACACAAUUCAGCCAACAAACCACGAGUUGACGGUUUGGAUCUUAGAAUUUAGAACCUGCAGUCCUGAUGCCACAUGCUAAAAGGCAGAGCAAAUGCCGCCCCCAAUCUUAUAUUGCAUUUAAAAAUUUAAGCUAUUGGUUUCCAAUACCUUUUGUAGGAGCCCUCAUUGGUCUUAUCUCAGAUCCCAAUUAGGACACGCUCAAUUUAAAAUCUUGUUGUGAAAGUGUCCCCUGCAGCCCGUGUCGUUCUGUUCUAGUAUGUGCUCGCACUCAUUGUCUGGGGCAUCGGGGUGUUAGGGGAUUACUGAAAGGUGUUGACUCAGGUGUGUGUGUAUGUGCGCACAGUUGUCACAUUCGCCCACAGCACCGGUUCAGAUGCUGGCGCCAUUUCUCUCCCUGGUCUCCUUACCUUUGCUACCUACGCGCCUUGCCAUGCACUCGCUUUGCGUGGCCUAAAAAUCCAGCAUGGAUAUUGGGGGACUGACCACCGUGGUGGCAAAUUCUGCUUACAUCAAUGCCCGUGGCAGCAUCGAUGGCUCCAACCCGGCGGCGGCUCGAGACAAGAAAUACCACUCCCGCCUCAAGCUGCCUCACAUCACCGUGUGCGAAGGCCUGAAGGACACGCUUGAUUUGGGGUUUGAUGGCGUCUGCGUGGAACAGCCCAUCGGCAAACGUCUCUUUAGGGAAUUCCUGGAAACCAACCCAGAGUACCACGGUGCUUGUCGCCUGUGGCGGGACAUUGAGGACUAUGACCUGGCGGAGGAUUCGGAUCGUGCCAAGAAGGCCUCGAAGAUUGUCCAGCGCUACAUGGACGCCUCAGCCAAACAUUUCUGCCCGUUCCUCUCUGAGAACACCAUAGCCAAGGUGAAAGAGGGCCAGGAGGCUGUCGGCGAUGACUUGUUUGCAGCCGCUUUGGCUACUACUCUGGACUACUUACGAGAGGCGCCCUACGUGUUCUUCCUGGAGAGCAUGUACUUGAAGAGGUUCCUCCAGUGGAAGUGGCUAGAGAUGCAGCCCAUGGACUCAGAUUGGUUCCUGGACUUCCGUGUGCUCGGCAAAGGAGGUUUCGGCGAGGUGUCGGCGUGUCAGAUGAAAGCCACGGGGAAACUUUACGCCUGUAAGAAACUGAACAAAAAGAGGCUGAAGAAACGGAAAGGCUAUGAGGGGGCGAUGGUGGAGAAGAGGAUUCUGGAGAAGGUCCACAGUCGCUUCAUUGUGUCACUGGCUUACGCCUUCCAGACAAAGGAGGAGCUGUGUCUGGUCAUGACCAUCAUGAAUGGAGGGGAUCUCAAGUACCACAUCUAUCUGGUGGAUGAAAACAAUCCAGGCUUUGAUGAGCCAAGAGCCUGUUUUUAUAUAGCUCAAAUCAUUCAAGGUAUGGAGCAUCUGCAUCAGAAGAGAAUCAUCUACAGAGAUCUCAAACCCGAGAAUGUGCUCCUCGAUAAUGACGGGAAUGUCCGUAUAUCUGACCUGGGUCUCGCCGUGGAAUUGAAAGAAGGCAAAACGAUGACGAAAGGCUAUGCUGGAACACCAGGUUACAUGGCGCCGGAGAUGCUGAAAGGAGAAAAAUACGACACUUCUGUCGAUUAUUUCACUCUGGGUGUGACCUUGUUUGAGUUCCUCGCCGCCAAGAACCCCUUCAGGAACAGAGGAGAGAAGGUUGCUCGCCCCUGUUUUGACAUCAAAGCGCAUGACCCUCGCGUUGACGUCUCUGCUUUGACUUUUGUUCAGCUCGAGCGCGAGGAGAUGAAAGAGCGAAUGCUAACCCGGGAGGUGAUCUACACGGACAAGUUCAGCGAGAAUGCCAAGUCGCUAUGUAACGGGCUGCUGGCGAGAGAAGUCGACAAGAGAAUGGGUUUGAAAAACGGCUGCUGCGACGAGAUUCGAGCGCACCCUUUUUUUCGUGACAUCAACUGGAGGAAGCUGAAUGCAGGCAUCGUGCCCCCGCCGUUCAUUCCGGACCCCAGGGUGGUGUACGCCAAAAGUCUGGACGACGUGGGCGCCUUCUCCUCGGUCAAGGGCAUCACGCUAGAGGACCCGGACCGGAGCUUUUUCGACGAAUUCUCCUCGGGCAACAUCCCGAUCCCCUGGCAGGAGGAGAUGAUCGAAAUGGGCGUUUACGGCGAGCUCAACGUGUGGGGCCCCGAGGGCGGAGUCCCCAACGACCUGCGCAGGGAGUCCAUACUAGAGCAGCCCAAGUCGUCCACCUGCUGCGUGUCCUAGCGGGUCACUCGACAGCGAUGACUGAAAUGCACAGGGACCGCCCUUGAGUUUUCUUUUGCGGGAUCUGCAGACGACGGGAAGCAACAGCGAAGCGGAUCGACAAGCGGGAAUGCCCGUCAAUGUGAUAUGCUGAUCAAGUCCUUGUUAUGUGUCUCUGUUUCUUGUGCUCCCUGAAAUUUAUGACAACUGAUUUUGUUUCUUAGUCAUUGCUGUAUUCUGCUCUACAAAAUGCUGGUGAUGGACAAUCCAAAGACGAGGGACCAGAUGGAUAGUUCUGUACUGUAAGAUUCAUAAUUACAUUUUUUGGGGGGAACAAUGUAAGGCAAAUAUCCAUGUAGAGAAAAUGUUCUGGGCAGGUU